AUGACUGAAAUUGAGGUCGAUCUUCCACGUUUUUUCAAGGUUUUCCUCUCAGAAACGGCCUCUGAAUCAAUGGUGAUCCCGUUGUCCUUCAUGGAUGUUCUUGAAGAUCCACUGCCAGAGACAGCGAAGCUCCAAGGCACUGGAGGGAGAACAUGGACUGUGGGCUUCACUAAAGUACGGAGGCAAGCGUAUUUCACAGCUGGAUGGUCCAAGUUUGCAGAGGACCAUGAACUCACGGACGGAGAGUUCUUGACUUUUGUCUACGACGGCUCUCGCACCUUCGAAGUCAGUGUCUACAAUCGAAUGGGUUGCAAAGUGACAAGAGCUCUUGCUGUGCCAACCAUCGAGCUUACUGAUUCCGAUUCUGAGUCUCAUGAAGUAGUAGUAGAAGAAGUUGAGGAAGAAGAAGAAGAGGCAGAGCAUGAAGAAGAAGAAGAAGAAGAAGAUGCGUCAGCGGAAGAAGAAGAUGAUGAUGACAGUAGCUUCAAUGAAAAUGACGAGAUAAGCCAGAGUGUUUACACGGUGGACAGCGAAGAGACCGAAGCGGAUGAUGCAUUUGUUGCAGGGAGCUCUAGUGUGGGGGCUAAAGCUAAAUCAGCUAAUCCUUGUUUCAAGACUAGCCUCAAGCCAAGAAUUUACGAGCUGUUGAUCCCGGCGUAUGUGGUGAGAAACAACAGGCUGGAGUUCGGAGAGUCGAUAACGUACAUUGACGACGAAGGGAUCACAACAGGGGAAAGAGGGAAGUGGUCAGAUGAUAGGACUUGCUUCAAAGGAUGGGACAGGAUUUGCAGGAGGAACAAGCUCAAGAAGAAAGAUGUUGUCACUUGCGAGAUCUUGCACAAGAACUACCUUGUUCACUCCAUCAAAAUCCACAUCACCCGCGGUUGA